AUGGAUCUCUGCAUGACAGUCAAAGGGGUUUCCUUCCUUUUACAAACCAGCCUGGGGAUUCUGGGUAAUGUGCUGGUUCUGCUCGUUUACAGUUGUCUGAUCUCCACUAACCAUCGCCUACAGCCAGUGGACAUCAUCCUCUCUUACCUUUCCUUUGUGAACCUGAUGAUAAUCCUAACUAGAGGGGUACCACAGACACUAAUUGAGUUUGGUUUUUCUGCCUCCCUGAACGACGUGGGCUGUAAAGUCGUGGUCUAUAUAUACCGGAUAUCAAGGGCUCUGUCUGUCUCUGUCACCUGCAUGCUGAGUGUCUUUCAGUCCAUAACAAUUGCUCCUGCCACAUCCAGACUGAAUGCCCUCAAGGCCAGUCUGCCCCAACUUGUGCUUCCCACUUUCAGUGCGCUAUGUGUGGUUAACAUGUCCAUCGAUGUGGUUGCAGUGCUCUUCGCCAUCUCCCCCAGAAAUGGCACCAUACCUAGGUUCACUCUCAACCUGGGUUUCUGCCAUGUUGAUUUCAGGGACCAACUAGGUUAUGUGCUGAGUGGAGCAUCAAUCUCGGCCAGAGAUUUUAUCUUCUUAUCCCUCAUGAUAACAGCAAGCUCCCAUAUCCUCCUCAUUCUGCAUCGGCAUGGAAAGCAGAUGAAAACAUUUAACAGCACUGGCAGGAAUCAGGGCUCAGCAGCUGAAACCAGAGCCGCCAAGACUGUUGUCUCGCUGGUGACGUUGUACGCCUUCUUCUUUGGUAUCGACAAUACCAUCUAUAUUUACAUGUUGACGGUGUCCAGUGUGCCACCUUCUAUUGUAGACAUGAGACUCUUCUUCUCAUCCUGCUAUGCUUCAUUUUGUCCUUUCUUUAUGAUUAACACAAAUAAGAAACUCAAAAAUGCAAUUAGCUGUUCAGCCACAGAGGCAGAGGCGCCACAAGUUAGCACCAUUGUGAAGACUCCGUCUGAAUCAGUUUAA